AGCGGGACCAGGCAAAGACAGCAGGAGUUCUAAUCACCUGCCCGUGCGUCUUAGAUGCUUCUCCUCAGGCGAGGGCGGGUCACGUGUCCGACUGCCAAUCACAGAAAGGGGCGUGUCUUUUAACUGCAGGUGGGAGAGGUUAAAAGGUGUGCAGUAUACUUGUAUUAGCGUUAUUGUGGUUCAUUAGUAUUGGGUAUUAUUCAUACUGCUUCCCGCGCCUCUAUAACACGCUUAAGAUGUCACUGAGUACUACCUCAUGUCUUUUCGUGCCGCGUGUUAGCCGCUAAAUAAGCCCCGCGUGCCGCAACCUGCCGGUGUGACGCAGCCUGCACUCGCAGUUACUAUAUAAUUACUUGGAGUGUGGCUCGCGGAGGCGUGUCGGGGGCUAGCGGUGCAGUAUGUGGAGAGUUGCCUUGGCUCUAGUUGUAUUUGCCGGGAUCCGUUUGCAUUUUGCUUUAGAUAUCUAUACGAAUAGCUGGGGGGUGCACGUACCUGAUGGCACUGUGGAGGUGGAAAGAAUAGCGCGGAAGUUUGGUUUUAUCAAUCUGGGACAGGUUGUGCUUGGCAGUAAUUUCUACCAUCUGCGUCAUCGUGGAAUACAGACAAAAUCUUUCAGCCCUCACUGGGGCAGGCAUGUCCAGCUGAAAAAAGAACUGAAGGUUCAGUGGUUUGAGCAACAGACCUUGAAGAGAAGAAAGAAACGGCAGGCUAAUGUGGUGCCAAAGGACCCUAUGUUCAGCGAGCAGUGGUACAUGAAUAACGAUGUGAAUCCUGACUUAGGAGUGCUGACUGCUUGGAGCCAUGGGUACACAGGAGAGGGUGUGGUUGUGACCAUCCUGGAUGAUGGGCUUGAAAAGGACCACCCUGAUCUUGCAAAGAACUAUGACCCAAGGGCAAGUUACGAUUUCAACAAUAACGAUCCUGACCCCCAACCUCGAUAUGAUCCAACCAAUGAGAACCGCCAUGGUACCCGAUGUGCUGGUGAGGUAGCUGCACUUGCGAAUAAUGAUAUCUGUGGUGCAGGAAUUGCAUAUAACGCUCGACUAGGAGGUGUGCGGAUGCUGGAUGGAUUGAUCACAGAUAUCAUUGAAGCCCAGUCGCUUAGUCUAAAUCCACAGUAUAUUCACAUUUAUAGUGCCAGCUGGGGCCCUGAUGAUGAUGGAAAGACUGUAGAUGGACCAGGAGUGCUAGCAACAGAGGCUUUUUAUAAGGGAAUAGUAAAUGGCCGUGGUGGCCUUGGAUCUGUCUUUGUUUGGGCAUCUGGAAAUGGUGGCAUCCAUUAUGACAACUGCAACUGUGAUGGGUACUCCAAUAGUAUCUACACUCUUUCUGUGGGGAGUACCACAAAACAUGGAAAGGUCCCUUGGUACAGUGAGGCGUGCGCAUCCACACUCACAACCACCUACAGCAGUGGCAUCAAUAAAGCAGGGCAGAUUGUCACCACUGAUAUACGUCAUAGAUGCACAGAUCAGCAUAGUGGCACAUCGGCUUCUGCGCCACUCGCUGCUGGAAUCAUUGCUCUUGCACUAGAGGCAAACCCAGCUCUUACUUGGAGGGAUUUACAACAUAUUGUUGUGAGAGCAUCUAGCCCUGCCAACCUCAUUACUGAAGACUGGGUAGUGAAUGGCGUAGGAAGAAAAGUGAGUCACCAUUUUGGUUAUGGGCUCCUGCAUGCUGGACGAAUAAUAGAUCUUGCUCAAAAGUGGGAAACAACACGUCCUCAAAGAAAAUGCCUGGUCGAAGUUGUGAGUGUUCCUCGAAAACUGCAUUCUAGCCUCUUGGUGACUGAGAACAUUAUCGCCUGUGCCAGUUCCCCCAACCACAUUGUGUCUCUGGAGCAUGUCCAAGCCCAAAUCUCCCUCAGCUAUAGUCGCAGAGGUGACCUGGAAAUCUAUCUCACCAGUCCUAUGGGGACUCGUUCUGUGCUGGUAGCUUUGAGACCACAUGAUACUAGCACUGAUGGCUACAAGGAGUGGUCCUUUAUGAGCACACACAGCUGGGAUGAGAAUCCACGAGGCUUUUGGACCUUGGAACUUGUGAAUAAGGGAAGCAACAAGAACAAUGGAUUCCUAAAUGGUUUCACGCUAAUUCUGUAUGGGACGGAUGAAGAUAUGAUGGCCAGGAAGAUCCACGCAUCUGUAAUGAGAGAUUGUUUGACCUGGAGCAACAGUGGAGUAUGCAGUGAAUGUGAGUCACCAUAUUAUGUCUUUGGAAACAUCUGCUUGUCUUAUUGCCCUCCCAAAUACUUCAAGGCUACAAACAAGGUGGAGUUGUCAGAAACUGAGAGCAUUGUCAAUGUUUGCGCUGCUUGUCAUCCGUCUUGCUACACCUGCAGUGGAAGUUCUGCCACAAACUGCACUGCCUGCUCACCAUUCUCUACUUACGAUGAAAAAGAAAACUCUUGCUCACAACCUCACUUCCCAAGGGCAGAUAUUAGUACUUCCUCAUCCAUCCAAGUCUCUCGAACUGUAGCAGUAGUAUUGAUAAUGAGCGGGGCUAUUAUAACCUUGAUGUGCAUGUUGUCUUUUAUUCCCUGGUUUUUAGCAAGGGCAACUGUGAACAGACAUCAGCCUCAGUUCUCUGGUGUGGAGAUGCUUAAUCUGGAGGCACUGAAUAAAGAUGUGGAAGCCACACAGGAGGCAGAGUCUCAAUUUCUUACUCCUGCACAAACUGAUGAGGGUAAAAAUGAAUAAGCACAAUGAGCAAAUAAAGAAACAGUUGCUUCACCAACAGGCAACAAACAUUACUUAACA